UAAAGUAUAUAUUUUCAUUACACUCAUGUUUUCGUUACUGUGCAGAUCAUUACCUUUGUACACUAAGAUUAGUGUAACUAAUAUAAGAAGGAUAAGCUUAACUCCAUCAAAUCUAAAACAAACUAUAGAUCGUUCUAAGCUUCCUAUUUUAAAUGAAAAUGAUCUUGAAGAAAUGUUUGUGAAAGGUAGUGGUCCGGGUGGAUCUGCCGUCAAUAAAAAUUCAAAUUGUGUUGUAUUAAAACAUAUACCUUCUGGAAUUGUGAUUAAAUGCCAUGAAUCAAGAUGUGUUGAAGAUAACAGAAAGCUAGCUAGAGAAAAACUGGUUUUAAAAUUAGACACUCUAGAGAAUGGUAAUGAUUCAAUUGAAGCACAAAAAAAAAUAAUUAAUGAUAAAAAGAAUGCUCAAAAAGAAUGGAAACGAAAAAAAUUAGAAACAUUGAAAAAAGACUGGAUUGAAAGAGAAAGUAGUUUCAAACCAUAAUUAUUGUUGUAACUCUAGUUUAUUUGUAUUCUGUUGAUAAAAAUUAAAAAUUAUUAAAAUGUUCUU